AUGACCAGAUGGGCUGCUGGAGGGAGUAAGGCUGCCUCUGCCUCGUCCUGCUCCAGGCCUGGGUUAGGGUCUCGUUUAGGCUCUGGGGCCAGCUCCAGGCUGAGGUCCUCAGCGCUGCUCACCUCCCUGUCUUUCCCUGUGCUGGUCACCCUGGUGGUUUUCUCCCUGUCUUUACCCGAGGCUGCCUGCCACCAGCUCCGCAGAGACCGACUGAGGCUCGCCAGCCCGCGAACACUCAGGGUGCCGCAGAACAUUUCCGAGACCGAACCGAUCUCUGGACCCAGGGCCACCGGAGGCCCCGUGGGUCGGACCGGGGGAGCGCAGGGGAGGCAUGUGCGCAGCUACACCCACCUACAAGGGGACAUACGGAGGAGGAAGCUGUUCUCGUUCCAGAAGUUUUUCCUGAGGAUUGAUAGGAAUGGAAAUGUGAAUGGAACCAAGAGCAAGGAUGACCCCUUAAGUAUUCUGGAAAUCACAUCAGUGGACGUGGGAGUGGUGGCCAUCAAAGGGCUGAACAGCAACUACUAUCUGGCUAUCAGCAGGAAGGGAGAGCUGUACGGAGCGAGAGAGUUUGGCGACGACUGCACCCUGAAGGAGCGGAUCCAGGAGAACGGCUACAACACGUACGCGUCGGCCAAGUGGAGGAACAAGAACCGGCAGAUGUUCGUGGGCAUAAACGUGCACGGGAAGCCGAUGAGAGGGAAGAAAACCCGCCGGAAGAACACGACGACGCACUUCCUUCCGAUCAUGGUGUGACCCGGAGAGCUCACCUGACAGAGGGAGAAUACGCAGCACUGGACAGACAGAGAGGUUUUCAAUGCCGACGAGCUGUAAAACAAAAGACUUUGAUUGAGAAAUCUCUCGUUUGGAAAAAAGGAACUAACACUGUCAUACAAACGAAUGGUCUCUACUCCUGACUUUAAGUGAGAUCAUGCAUUUGUGUUUGUUGGGAGCAGGUCGUAUCUGUGUUUUCAGUGGCACAGAACGCAAUGUUUGUCCUUUUUUUUCUGUGCCAAACAGUUUGCAGCUGGAGUAUGUGUGUGAUGUGGACAACACGGAAGAUUCUGGCCUAGCUAACGAACUGUAGAGGAUGCAGAAGUAUCUCGAGAUGUUAUUUAUAAUCCAUAUUCUCCGGUGAGACGCGUAAAAGGAGGAGGGUCGGUCAGUUUAUCAUGACAGCAUUAAACGAUAGAGAAUACAACACAUUUUAAACAACUGUUUGAUACGUAACCACUGUGUUUUGACUGAAUUUUAAUGAUUUAUUUAUUUUGUGAAAUAUUUAACUGGAGGGGAACACAAGAAAAGCUUUGCAUUAUUUACUUUUUAUAGGAAUGCUAUUAUGUGAAAA